AUGGGAGAUACGCCAGCACAACCCGGCGCUCCACCAGAGUUUCCGCGACAGGACGCUGCUGCUAGCUCGUUCCAGGCAUCGUCGCUCGCCCUGCACCAGCACCAGCACCAGCACAGCAGCCCCCAGCACCAGCACGCUUUUGCGUCACAGCUUGACAUGACCCAGCCGCACGGCCCGUCCCGGCUAGGGGCCGUGGGACCGUUCGACUUGAGCGCCAUGUCUAGUGCUCUGCCCCAGCCCACAUACCGGCCCGGCCCUCCGUACGGCCAGGCGCAGCAAAGAUACAACCUGGUCGGCGCCGCAAACCCCGGCAUACCGUCCCAGGCCCCAUUAACAGUCCCCCAGUAUGGGACUCACAACGUCUUAGGUUCGGCUCCCAACCCCCAGUACUUCAUGCCGCAGCACACCCAUAUGCCACAGUUCUACGCAACUCCCCUGCCUCCGCAGGCAGCACAGCCAAACAUGGCUCUAAGGCCCGAGCUAGGCUACUACCCCAACGCCGUCGUCGUCGGCCAGCAGCAGUCUCACCCGGUUGCUCAUUACUACUACUCACCCGCAUCUCAUUUCGCCGGACAGGCCCCCCAAGUCCAGACCCAGCUGAUGCUUGGGCAGCAUACCGCGCUGAACCCAUACCCAGCCGAGUCCGCGCAGCAAUCUAGUCGCCUGAGGGUCAGCUCAACGCCCCCGGUAGACCAAGGUCACAUUUCGAGUGAUACCUAUCCCAACGCUGUCCGGGGCCCCCCGAGGAAACCGCGACAAAGCGGUCAUGCCAUCUGGAUAGGGAACCUCCCUCCGCAGACUGAUUUAAUGAGCCUCGUCCACCAUGUGUGCAGCGAAACAGGCGGGCUGGAGUCACUGUUUUUGAUUUCCAAAAGUAACUGCGCCUUUGCCAACUUCAAAGGCGACCAAGCCUGCGUUACCGCUCAGCGGAAGCUACAUGACUCAAAGUUCUUGACAGUCAGGCUAGUUAGCCGACUUCGAAAGAGCACGGUCGAGGGCCCGGCUGGCGUCACGGCGCCGACAGGGCCUGCCGCAACAUCGACGCCGCAAUCAGGGGCUUCGCAAGAGUCAAGCGAAGCCGGCAUAUCUGAGGCUAGCGAGAAUAACGCAGGCCGUGCCUCUCCUACCCCGGCCGCCGAAGAGUCCGAGCUAGCAAGUCCACCAGCAGAUGCCACGUCUUUACAGCAGCAAAAGGACAGAUUCUUUAUCCUCAAGAGCCUCACCGUAGAGGAUUUGGAGUUGAGCGUAAAAACCAGCAUCUGGGCGACGCAGUCUCACAACGAGACGACACUGAACAGCGCUUUUCAGGAGGCGGACAAUGUUUACCUCGUCUUCUCCGCAAACAAGUCGGGCGAAUAUUUCGGCUAUGCGCGAAUGGCAUCCCCGAUAAACGACGACCCUGCGGAGGCUAUCGAGUUCGCGCCAAAGGCGCAGCCGUCUGACGAUGUUGAAUUGCCAAAGGCUAUCCCAACGGAAGCGACAGGUCGUGUUCCCAAGGGCCGUAUCAUCGACGAUUCAGCCCGCGGUACCAUAUUUUGGGAAGCAGAGAGCGACGAAGCAGCUCCCGAGGGCCAGGACGAUGACGGCUCCGGGGGCGGAUCGGUUGGCGGAGACACGGGCAGCGUGAGGAGCGGCCAUGAAGGAGGCGGCGGGGGAGGGUCGAAGGCUUGGGGCAAACCGUUCCGGCUCGAGUGGCUUUCGACAGCAAGGCUUCCGUUUUAUCGGACGAGGGGGCUCAGGAACCCGUGGAACUCGAACAGAGAGGUCAAAAUCGCAAGAGACGGCACAGAACUCGAGCCCUCGGUUGGCAGAAGGCUGGUUGGGCUAUUCAACCGAGCACAGAGCCCGAAUCUCGGUCUCUCCCCGAGUGUCGUCGUGCCAGGCGGUGCCUUUGUGGGGGGGUUUCACAGCUCGGUCCCAACUGGGUUUUCACCGCUCCGGCCGGUCUAG